UUGUAGUGAGGGAGAAGCAGAAAAAGAGAGCGGUAAGGAAAACAAGUAAAAUAGAGAUAAGAAGGUUAUGUUCAAUAGAAAAUUAAGAGAAAGAAUAAGCGGGGAGGUUAAUGUAAUAAGGAUGAGGGGUGAAGAGGAAAAGAAAGCCACAGAAAAUACUUGUAUUGGAAUGAGGCGUAAAACGUGAGAGAGAAGAGGACGAAUAUAGGGUGACAAAGAUAAAAAGUUAGUGAGAGAGAGAGAAAGUAAGGAAAGCGCGCGCGAUCGAAACGGAGAGAGUGAAAGAGAGAGAGAGAGAAAGUUCGGCGUGACUACUUUUACUUCCGUGGACUCUACAGCGACAGGACGUUAUUACUUCUCCUCGUUAUUGUUGAUUAUAUUGUUAUUUACGUGCCUUCUUCAAAUCUUUCCUUAUCUUGUGUCCCUUAAGUGACUUUGUACAACCAGAAAGAAUUUUUUCAUAACCCAGUUGCCUCCUCGAGCUGUGACGAGGCUACGGUACCAGUUUUAAAUGGAGUCUUCCUUGGAGUAAAACAGAAAAUUAAAAAAAUUUUAAGGAGAUAAUCCAAGCUUGUCUGAUGUUGUCCUUGGUCCCAACAUGUCACAGCAGAACAAUUGUGAGUUACUCGCUGAUUUCAUGAAGAAACGCUCUCAAAACAAAAAGACCAUUACCAGACAAUGCUACAAGAACCGGUGGUUUGUGAUUGACAGCAAUUUUCUGUCGUACUAUGAUGGCACUCCAAUGAAAAGGGGUACCAAAAAAGGUGUAAUAAGUUUGGAAAAAAUUCAUGUUGUCGAAGAAGUGGAGAAUCUUUCUUUGGACCAACUUAUAAAUGUUCUCCAGAUUGUGUAUGAAGAAUAUGGAGAAUGUUACACAUUGUAUAUUGUUGCGGAUACCAGCAAACAGAGAGAAACCUGGAUUAGUACGAUACGACACGAAUGUCUGAAGAAAAAUGCCAGUUUCUACCUUAAAUACCAUCCUGGGGUAUGGACAAAAAGUUUAAAGAAGUACAAAUGCUGUGACCAGAUUGACCGCAAUGCUCCGGGAUGUAAACUGUCUUUUAUUGAGAGACAUGAAGAAGUUCCUGCUCGCUUAAAUAAAGUUCCCUCCACCCACACGGAUAUGAGUGAAUCUAGUAACGAGAAGAUAUAUGUUGCUAUCUACGACUACUCGCCAUAUGAUAAACGAGAUCUCCAGUUGACCACUGGAGAGCGCUAUGAAAUACUUAAUGACUCCAAUGAGCACUGGUGGCUUGCAAAGAACAAACGAGGGGAGAAAGGCUACAUUCCAUCCAACUAUGUGAAGAAACUGUGUGAUCUGGAAAUAUUUGAUUGGUAUUAUAAAGACAUCACUCGACAAUAUUGUGAGAUGCUGCUGAAGAAGGAUGGUCGUGAUGGUUGUUUUAUGGUGCGUGAUUCCACAACAAAAGGAAAUGUCUACACUAUCUCUGUUUAUUGUAAAGAGAAGUCUCGCCACUACCAUAUAAAGGAAACGCCAGAUGGAAAAUUUUACUUGCACGAGAAAAAUACUUUUGAUACAAUGGCUGAUCUUAUUUAUUAUCAUAAACAUAACUCUGCAGGUCUUGAAACAAGACUACGCUAUCCUCCAACUCAUGAGGCCAAAACAGUUCCAGCUACUGCUGGAUUUGGACACGAUUGCUGGGAAAUCAGCCAAUCCAAUUUAAUCAAAGGCAAAUUAGUAGGUUCUGGUUGUUUUGGAAAUGUAUACGAGGCUUUAUGGAAGAGCAACAUUGUGGCUGUCAAAGUGAUGAAACUUGAUACUAUGUCGGAGGACAACUUCAUUGAAGAGGCUAAAACAAUGACGCAACUUAACCACCCCAACCUGGUGCAAUUGUAUGGUGUUGUAACCAAAGCUAAACCACUUGCUAUUAUCUUGGAAUACAUGCAGCAUGGUUCUCUCAAACAACACCUGAAAAACAACAAAUCUUUAAUUUUGUACCAAACUGAAAAACUUAUUGGGUUUUGUAUGGAUAUCUGUAAAGGAAUGAAGUACUUGGAGUCUAAAAAUUUCGUCCACCGAGACUUAGCAGCCAGAAACUGCCUGGUUGGCAGUAACUAUGUGGUCAAGGUGGGAGAUUUCGGGUUGACACGUUAUGUCAUCAAUGAUCUGUACAACAGUUCCUCUUGUGCUAAACUUCCUGUAAAAUGGGCAUCACCAGAAGUUUUUCAGUUUUAUAGAUUCAGCAGCAAAUCUGAUGUUUGGGCUUUUGGAGUUCUAAUGUGGGAAAUCUUUACUUGUGGUGAAGAACCAUAUGCUGAUAAAUCCAACACUGAGGUCCUUGAGUUGGUCUGUAGUAGCAGUGCCCGGCUGGAGAAGCCUACUACUUGUCCAAAGGAUAUAUAUCAAGAAAUGAGAAUGUGCUGGAAGAAAAACCCAGAUGAACGAUAUUCAUUUUCUACUCUACGAGAAAACUUAAGUAAUUUAUUGGAACUAUUCAUCACCCAAACUUAAAUGAAUUUUUUAAAAAAUGUGGCUGCAACCAGAAAUAUGAAUUAUAAAACAUACUUCUCUUCUUCACGAACAACACAAAAUAUCUCUUGCCGGUGAUGUUGGUUUUGUUUUCUACUGUUUUUGUCUGUUUUUUUCCUUCUUUCAUUUUCUCUUCAUUUCUGUCAAAUUGUGACAGUAUUGUGGCAGAAAUCAUAAUACAAAACUUUUAAUGCAAUGCACAUUUUGAAAGAAACAUUAAAAAACAGUAAAAGCAACGUUUAAACAAACAAAAAUUUAAAAAAUAUGAAUUUUUAUUUUUUGACUGGGGUAAAAAUAUAUUACUGUAAAUUUUUUGGUUUUUUUUACUACUUAAUCGACAAAAGGAAAUGAUACUAAAAUGAUAGAAAGUUUAAAAUGAUCAAAAUACAACUGUCUAUCUAUCUUUCUACCUACCUAUCUAUCUUUCUACCUAUCUAUCU